UAUAGUAUAGCACGCAGUGAAGAUACAACAAUACCAGUUGUUUUUCUCCCUAAUCAGAUUAAGUUUUCUGAUACCACACACCUAAAGCGAAGGUAUUGCAGUACUGCCAAUGACUAAUCUCCGCACAUAGGUAAUUUGUACUUGGCAAGGUUAAGGUCGGAUUCAUUUAAAUGUAACAGUACUGUACCGAUAGAAUCACAGUAAAAUGGUGACAUGAUAUCUGGAAAUUCCUUGGAAUGCCAUCUCGGACUGCUUUGUCGUUCCGGAAAGUUAUUCCGUAUUUCAUUUGUGGUGUGAAUGUUUAGAUACAAACACAAAUGAGUAUCUUUAUCAUUAGUUUGUGUAAUUGGGCAUUGGAGUAAUAAGUCAUACAACGUUUAGCAAUGGUGAAAAAGGAAGAUGGAGUCCGAAUACAAUUACGCAGUAUUCCAAGUGGAUAAUAGAAAUACUCCGAGUUGUGACGAGUCAUUACGACCGACGAGCUGUUCUAGUAGGGGCAGCAAAAGUACCAUAUUUGGGGUGACAAAACGGGAUUUAAAUCGGGUUAAGGUUGACAUCGACCGCCUGUGGAAAGAAAGGUGCUCUCUUGUGAAAAAGGAAAAUCCAGAUUUUGAAGAUGUAACGAGGCUGAAAAAGAUUCUCACUGAUGCCAUCGACGUGACUGGACGAACUCGUAUAAACGUCAGAGACAAAGAAAACUAUGACGACAACGAUGUGGAAUCAUUUUCAAAAGACAUCAAUGGGUUACAGAUGUUGUUUCACGGAUGUUUGGAAAUCUGGAAUAACGUGAAAGAACCUACCAGGAAAGAACGAAGACAAGAGAUCCUUUCAGAACUAAUGGAGCUAGCAACAGACCUUGCCUCUUUGUUCGGGGAAGUCAUGUCACUUUUCCUACAGAGGUUUCAGUUGAACAUCCUCCCAAUGUUGAGACCGGUACAUGGACUGUUCUACGCUAUGAGCAUGCACUGCAGAUAUAAUUGUCUGGACAGAGAGAUCGACUUUCUGCCUGGCGCAAGAAAUGUAUACUCCAGCUUCUUGUCUGGAGUUCUUGGAUUGAUGAGGAGCGCAAAAGUCCUUUUAAAGAGGCUUAAAUAUGAAAAUGACCAGGCUGGUCAAAGAAGAAGCAUGAUACAAAACAGCAUAUCCGGAUUUUUGACAGAAAUAUCAAUCAUCAUCACACAAGGAACAAAUCACGUUUCAUUAGAAGAGUAUAGACAGCUGAUGUUUAAAGUUGGAAGUCUUUGUACAGAUACUUUCUUUGGAAUAGGGAAAACGAAAGGAAUCGCAGAUACAUUGGAAAUGGGAGAGGGUGUGGUGGCCUUGGAACCAUGUAAGCACUUAGGUAAUGUAUCCUACUGUGACGUCAUCAGAUGUCCUGUGGAAAACCGUCAAGAUAUUCUAGACUCUCUGAAGUUACAAGAUGGGCAACAUAUGAUAUCGGACAUAUUUCAAAUAACCGGAAGUACGUUUCAGAGUUCAGAAAGGAUUACUCUGCGAUUUCCAAUCUCAAAGGCAGCGCUUCCACCUACAGUUGCGAUUAAGGUCAAAAUUAAAUGUGGACCGAAAUGGAUGGACGUCGGAGGAGAACUUAAUGAUGGCCAGGUGGAGUUCGAAGCCAAGUUUCUUCAGGCGUUCGUGGCCGUGGCGGGAUAUCGUGCUUACCAUAGGGAAAUCCCAUUGACGGGAUACACGUAUAUCUCUGAGGAUGACAACAGAGUUCGAAUAAACUUCCCCAAAGAUUGCUUCAACAAACCAGUCAUUGUCCAAUUCAGGCUUGUGAUGGUGAACAGAGCCCGGAUGUUUGGGUAUAAGGAUUGCUGUACCGACCAAUGCCAAGCCAUCAUAGCCAUCUCCGACUUCCUGUUUAUCAAGUUUGACAAAGAUGUCGACAUAAAAGAGCCAGCCCUAAUGCACUUACCUAUUAUAAAUGAUAUAGACGAUCCUGACUCCGAGAUCGUCAUGUUCCGUAUCGGUAGUAACGAGGACACGGAAAUCAUCCAGAAAAGAUCCGCCAUGAGAUGCGAGUCCACAACCAAUUGUUACACAUUCCAAGUCGACAGAUUUAACGGAAUCGCUCUUGGAAAAGUGAAGAAGAAGUUCAUGAAGAAGUCUAAGUCGAUGGUUGAGGAUGAGCUGAGGCUAUACCUUGGAAAUGAACACAUGUGUUCUAUCCUCACUUUCCUAGACAAAAGCCUAUUGCACGUCGGUGUUGUCAAGAUUUGGAUAGAGAUCGUGGAUAAGAGGUUCGUCAAGAGGGCAUUGAGGCGCCGGGCAAAAGAAGGACUAUUCGAAAUCCCAGGAAAUCGCUCCACUGAUAUCAGACUGAAGGAAAAUGAGACAGUCACAUUCGAUACUGAUGGGAAUAUACAGAAAAUCAGGGAGAUUCCUAAUGACUAUUUCUCGAUAAUUUACACUAGUAGUUGUCGGGACAAUUAUCGCUCUUUCCCACUUGAGCCUCGAAAGGAUCCACGUGGCCGCCAUGUCGGAAUUGUAAAUUUCUUCAAAAAGGUUGAUGGAGUUGAUACGUUUCUACACACUGUCACCAUUGACACGAACCGAUUCCUGGUCAGCAUGUCAAGACUGAAAACAUCCUACUCUGAGAGCAGACCAGGAAUGAUGAAUGUAUUUGCCACGAUUGGACGUACCAACCAAUGGUCAAGGGGCUCCACGCGAUCCUCUACAAAGUCUGUCCGAUCGUCAAUCCAGUACCGAUCAAUCUUUGAUGACGUUCCAAUACUAAGUCACCAGAGCUUACUUGCUCUUUCGAGCGCAAUCAACAUCCAAGUUGCCCAAGUGCUGGGCUCCCAGCUCGGGUUGCCGUACGAGGACAUCAUGGAUAUCAAGAGCAUCAACCAGCCCCCUGUUGUCACUAUCUUCGAGAUUCUGUGGGAAUGGAGAGGAAAGGUCGCUACGCCGGACCAAGUGGAACAGCUUGUUCAAUCAUUCAAUCAAAUAAACCAAAAGUACUUUGCUGAUGUCAUUCUGAAGGCCAAUAGAGAAAAACGAGGAUUAACGCGGAAGGAUUUCCAGUGAAGUAGUAAAUCCUUGUUGUAAAGGAGGGACUAUUUAACGAGUUAUAAGCAUUUUCAUUGGAAUUUAAUUGUUUUUGGUUACUUUAUUCAUAAUGACUGAAGUUUGAUGAAUCCCUUUCUUAUCUAUAACAAAAGCCGCAUUGACAAUAAUAUCUUAAUAAGAUUGAUGUUGGCUGAAUUGUGAAUUUGUUACCAAUACUAUAAUUCAAUUUCACUUAGCAUCAGUAUUUUCAAAAUGUAUUGUGAAUAAUUGAUAGAUAUAGUCAGUGCUACAUAAACCAUAUAUAUAUAUUCUAUGGGAUAUAACCUAAGAUUAAAAUUCUAAAUGUUUAGUACAAACUUCGGACUUUAGUUGACCAUGUUUACAAAGUGUGUACUAGCAAUAUAAAAAUACAAAUCCCGAAAUGUUUAUUUUAUCUGGCAUAUAUUUUCUUUUUUAGAACUGCAUUUAAUUGAUACCGGAUUGAUUGAAUGCUUUAUGCUCAAAUGGAGAAGAAUGAUUUUAACGAGCAUAUAACAUAUCAAUUUUAUUAAUAAAUACGAAAUAUCUCCAUUAAUUAUCAGAAUUCUGAAGAUAUGGAAAUGAUACGAGUAUUUAAAUACCUAACGUCAAUCCGUUGUACUUUAUGUAUGAACCCAUUAAUCAUGUUAUAAAGUGAUUUUUAGUAUUGUUUACUAUUGUAUAUAUCGUACGUGUACGUCAAACAUCCCAUUACCAAAAGUGCAUUAUAAUAAAUUAUAUGAUCGUCUAUGUUAAGAAUAUUUGAUGCAUAAGAUAUCUUCAUUUGAUAUACUGGAAAGUUAGAAGGAUAAGUUGAAAUUGCUGUUUUCUUUUUUUGCUUUUUAUUCCGUGCUCCAUAUCAGCUAAAACAUACAUAUCCCAAGUCCAUGCUGGGCUACUUUUUGUAUUGGAUUAAACUAUUCAUCAUUAAAAGCAAAGUGAGUUCCGUUUUA